GCUGAAUCCGUAUUCCGCGAUGUUGCCGCCCGACUGGACUUGCAUCCGGCUUCUGACAUAUCAGCUUCCACUCUACUAACUGCCGCAGGAGGCAGUGACGGUCCCAGACUGUCCACGCUUACGAGUUCCAACGGGACUUUGCCUGAAUCACCGACACAUUCCACCACAGUCAACCCCUACGUCAGUUUGGAUGCCAGAUGGGAUGGAUUGUUUCCACCGAGGCCUCCGAGACCGGAAGAAAUUGUUUCUGGUGAAGAUGAUCAAGGAACACUCCAAACAAGUGCUUUUCCUGACACGGCGUGA